CAUUAGGCUUGGAUACGGGCACCAUCAUGAUGAGAUGAUGGUAUCAAUAUCAACUUCAAUCCGAGUCACGUGCCACACAGUAAUGUAAAACGGGGUCAAGGCCGGCGGUCCAGGCGCGACGAUAAGAGCCAAAAGCAAAACUCCGGACAUUCAAGCGCUCAAAGGGCACUCAGGAACCGGUGAAUUACACGCGGAAAGAGCUGAUUUACGCCUUGCUCGGUGAGUGACCACUGACCACUGACCACCUGUCCGAUCGGAUAUAUGCAUCCAUGUCCCCGGAUCAGAGUCGGUAAGACAACCGGGCGAUCCAUAUAUGUAGGUCGGCCACGUAGGUUGUUACCUCACGCUCGUCGUCUUUCCCCCUCGUCCCAGGACACGCAAGAUGUUCAUUCUGCCUGCGCCCGUCUCGGCCACCGCACUGCAGCUCGAGCUUGCCCUCCCGGCGUCUCCGGCAUGGGUCUCGUCGCUCAGCAUGCCGUACAUCCGCCUCGCCCUCGUGCUCCUCACGACGCUCGCGAUCCUGGCUCUCGUCAGGGUGGUCCUGUGCUCCCGCGCGCAUGCCGUCAUCCCCGUUGCACUGGCGGUUGAGAAGGCUGGAACGCCCGUUGCGACUGUCGCCACGAACGAGAAGACAGCAGAGCCGGCCGUGGGGCACACACGGUGGCUCGCUCGACUGCUGUCUUGGAAGAAGAAGUCGUCUUUGUCAGACAUAUCCGCAUCGGCUCCGUCUAUGGCACUCUCGCGGACUCUGCCCCUCGCCAUCCGUCCCUCUGUUGCGCCGCCCAUGCGCGGGCAGCGCGGAGUGCGCGGUGUGGGUCUCGCUCGACGGCCCGAAGUCCCUCGUGCCCUAGUCGAUGUCCCCUUGCCUGCCUUGUUCCAAUGUCAAACACCUGCUUCCAUGGCGAAAGCGAUCAUGAGCCGUCAUGUGAGUGGUUGUCCCUGUCCCAGCUCCUUUUUCUCCGGCGGCCCGCGCGGACUUUGCUCGGGCCCGAAGGUUUCUUCUCCUCCGAGCCUUACCCUCGCUUCUUCCGCAUCCGCCUUCGUGCUGACACCAUUUUUCUCCGCAGACGCACCGUCGUCCAUCUGCCAUCCCAUCCUCGUCCUCCCGUCGCUCAACGCCAUCGUCUCUCACUCGGUCUGUUUCCCACCCGUCUCCUUCCGCGGAGGAAGGAGCGGUGUGAUGCGACCGAGGAGCAGGGCCCAUCUGCCAGCGCCCGGGACAAUCCGGCCGCUGCUGCUGAUGGGUCCGUGAUGACGAACUGACGACUGUCACGAGGUGGACUCUUCGCUGCAUGAAGAACGUCCACCAUACCACAUACCACACACACUCGAUACGAAAGAGGCGCGCCGCGGGCUUUUUCUGGUCCUCGGAUCCAGCCUGUAUGCGCGUCCUCCUGAUCGGGCCGCGCUGCCCGCCAGUGCCGCAAGUCUAUUCUAUUACUACGUUAUUGUCCACAAUUUGAAUUCAAUGGUACUAAAUUAUAUCUACGAAA